AUGGUGAUUCAAAAGAAAGAGUUGAUUCUCUUACUAAAACCUUAUUAUUGGGUUAACAUAAUUCUCACUUGUUCGUACGUGUUUUGCAAAAAGACGGACAUUUUUUGUCAGUAUAUAUUCUCGCCGACUGAAAAGACUUGCGAAUUAGACGCUAAAGAAUUGGAAAUAUUACUAUUCCUCAUGAUUGUUGUAAUGAUUCGGACAAGAAAAGCUGGAAGUGUCACUAUGUUAGCUUAUCUCUCAUCUAGUUUCUUGUACACCAAAGGAGCAAAUUUAUUAUUGUGGUUCUAUGCAGAUGUUCGUUUUGGUUUAUUCUUCACUGCUAUUAUUAUUGUUGUAAGCAUAUGUCUACCAGAGCCAACAUAUUCAGGUCCAGAAAAUGUGCUGUACUUCAGAUCAUUGGCCACUUUAGAAGAAGCUCUAAAAGAAAAUAAACAGCAUACUGUAUGGCUUGUUUGUUUUUAUACUGUAUGGAAUCCUACGUGUGCCAAUUUUGCUCCAAUAUUUUCACAGUUAUCUGUUGAGUAUGAUACAAAAUAUCUUAAAUUUGGAAAAAUAGAUAUAAGUCGAUAUCCUGAUGCUGCUAGUAAAUAUAAUAUUAGUGAUUCAUCUUUAAGUCGACAAUUGCCAACUGUAAUCAUGUUUAAAAACGGAGUAGAAGAACUUAGGAGACCAACAUAUGAUAGUAAAGGAAAAAUAUUUAAAUUUUUUUUUACAGAGCCUAAUUUCAAAGCAGUUUUUGAUUUGAACAAUGUGUAUAAUCAAUGCAAGUUGGCAGAUAAGAAGAAAAACAGCGAUGUAGAAGAAACAUUGAAAACUAAUAAGAAAGAAAAGAAAACAUAA